AUGGCAAGAGAUAUUAAGAUGGACGAAGAUCAAUUCUGCUCUUCACCAUACAGCAUUGGAAAAUUACAAUUUUCAAGAUUGGUCGACAUUGGCAGGGGAAUGUUGGCAAUGAUAUGGUGGCUUAAAUUUGACCGAAGAAAUUUUCACCAAGUGGCUGCUGAAGGGGCUUUUCCGGUGCCGAACACGGGCAUGAAGACCUUCCAUGAUCAUCUUUUCUUCUUUGAACAGUUCCUCUAUCUCCAUCAACCCCAAAGCACAAAAGAAAUACCUUCCAUGAUCAUCUUUUCUUCUUUGAACAGUUCCUCUAUCUCCAUCAACCCCAAAGCACAAAAGAAAUUCUUUGCACAAGCUCUUUAA